AUGGUGGAGAAUACGAAGGAGUGGAUUUUGAUUGUGUCUCUGCCAGGGCAACAAUGUAAGGUGUACGCUUAUUGUGGGGCAUUUAGUACCUGCAAUCAGUACUCAUCUCCGUUCUAUUUUUGUUUGCCUGGAUUUGUGCAAAAUUUGGAAAAGGAUCGGAAUACGAAGGAUUACUCCGGUGGCUGUGUGAGAAAGAACAAUCUGUGGUGUGAGAAUGGUCCGGAUGGAAAAGAUAAGUUUUUGGCGAAUUCCCAAGUUAUGUUACCUAGUAAUUCUCAAUCAGUGAUGGUGAAGAGUGCUCGAGAAUGUGAAUAUACAUGCUUGAAUAGUUGCUGUUGUACAGCAUAUUCUUCUGAUUGCCAUGAAUGCCUAGUUUGGAAUGGAGAACUAAUGAAUUUGAAAAAACUCUCGGACAAUGAUAGCAAUGGGAGAACUAUCUAUAUUCGGCUUUCUGCCUCUGCUGUCCAGCUUCUGAGCACCAAAUAG